ACUUUGAACACUCUGUUGUAGCCUGUGCUUUGACAUAGCGAAAAUCUUUGACAUUUUUUACAUUUUUGGAAAAGAAGCCGAAUCAUACGCCCCUAUAAAAGCCUCCGAUGCCGUAUUCCCUGAGUCAGACCUUUAGGAGCUCCCAGUGGGAUUCAGGAUGAACUAAAAUCACACUGAACGAAUAACACAUUUUUUGGACAAGAUGACGGUUGAAAACGUUGCUGUUUUCCUCUCCGUAGUUGUCGGCUCAGCCUGGAGUUGUUGGACAUUUCACCGGAGCAUUUUCGGACCACCUCGACAACCGACUGGAGAGACUUGUUGCUUCAACGCGUUCGACCGUGCAUUUUUGCUCGACAUACAAGUUUUUUGUCUCUCCCUAGUCUGCUCCAAGCUUCAGCUUGGAGAGCCCAACCGCCACGAUUGAUCCCAGCAGCUGGAGCGGCAGUGAGAGCCCUGCCGAGGACAUGGAGAGGAUGAGCGACUCGGCAGACAAGCCUGUCGACAAUGAUGCCGAGGGGGUGUGGAGCCCUGACAUUGAGCAGAGCUUCCAGGAGGCCUUGGCCAUCUAUCCUCCUUGUGGACGCAGGAAGAUCAUCCUCUCCGAUGAAGGGAAGAUGUAUGGUCGAAAUGAGCUGAUAGCCAGAUACAUCAAACUUCGGACUGGGAAGACGAGGACUCGGAAGCAGGUGUCUAGUCACAUACAGGUCUUAGCAAGAAAGAAAGUUCGAGAAAUCCAAGCUGCCAUUAAGGUACGUCUGGCUUUGCCCAGUUGCAGGGGGCUUUUCAUUGCCAUGGUUACAGGCUCUUCCUUUGUUUUCCUCCCCUCCCCUACCCCGCAGGUGUCUAGUCACAUUCAGGUUCUUGCCAGAAGGAAAUCUCGUGAGUUUCAUUCCAAGCUAAAGGUUACAAGUAUGGAUCAAGCCGUGAAGGACAAAGCCCUCCAGAGCAUGGCCUCCAUGUCCUCGGCUCAGAUCGUCUCUGCCACGGCUAUUCACAACAAGCUCGGCCUGCCAGGCAUCCCGCGCCCAGCCUUCCCUGGAGCAGGGUUAUGGCAGGGUAUGAUAUCGACUGGUCAGCCGGGGUCCUCACAAGAUAUAAAGCCUUUCACCCAGCAAGCCUAUCCCAUCCAGCCAUCAGUCACAACAGCCAUUCCGAGCUAUGAGCCCACAGCAGCCCAAGCUCCGACGGCACCAGCAUGGCAGGGCCGCUCCAUCGGUACAUCCAAACUUCGACUGGUGGAGUUCUCCGCCUUCCUAGAGCAACAGAGAGAUCCAGACUCGUACAACAAGCACCUAUUUGUACACAUAGGGCAGACUAAUCAUUCCUACAGCGAUGCCCUGUUGGAGUCAGUCGACAUCCGUCAGAUUUAUGACAAAUUUCCAGAGAAAAAGGGAGGAUUGAAAGAGCUGUAUGGAAAAGGUCCCCAAAAUUCCUUCUUCCUUAUAAAAUUCUGGGCUGAUUUGAACUGCAACAUUCAAGAUGAUAGCGGAUCUUUCUACGGCGUUACGAGUCAGUAUGAGAGCUCGGAGAACAUGACUAUUACAUGUUCGACAAAGGUGUGCUCCUUUGGCAAGCAGGUGGUGGAGAAAGUAGAGACUGAAUAUGCGCGGUUUGAGAACGGCCGCUUCGUCUACAGGAUCAGCCGAUCUCCCAUGUGCGAAUACAUGAUCAACUUCAUCCAUAAGCUAAAACACCUGCCAGAGAAAUAUAUGAUGAACAGUGUGCUGGAGAACUUCACUAUCUUACUGGUGGUGACGAACAGAGACACCCAGGAGACGCUGCUAUGUAUGGCGUGUGUGUUUGAAGUGUCGAACAGUGAGCACGGCGCGCAGCAUCACAUCUACAGACUGGUAAAGGAGUGAGAGGCUCCCACCCCCCCACCCCCCUCUCCAACCCCCAUCCCCUCUUUUCAUAGACUUACCAACCUCAAAACAAGUGGCAGUGCCUCUACCUGAAAGUCCCACCUACAAUGCUUUUUGGUCAUGGUAUUGGGUGAAGUCAGUUGUUAUGAAUUUGUUUUAAUAUAAGUGUUUGUUAUUUGACUGCAGCUGUGAAUUGCGGUACAGUUGUUUUAUGUUUAAAUACGGGAAUUCUCAUUUAAAAUAUGUUGAGUUGGGUUUAAAUGUGGCCGUUGUUAUUGAAUUUACUAUGUUAAUUUGGUAAAUGGAAAUCUGUGUGUUGUCCUCUUCUGCUUUGUUGUGUAGACUAAGAAAAAAACGGAUGCUGGCCUUUCCUUCAAGUGGCCUGAUGUGGUCUGUGUACUAUCUUUGAGUAUGUUUUCUGUCUGUAGUUCAUACCGUGUGUGCAUCCCUGCUGUAGAUGUACACACAUGCACCCACAGCCAAUAGAUUUUCCAAAGAAACCAGACAACAUUAAAUAGACAGUAGUCGAAAGUAAGCGAUUAUGGUUGUGAAUACUGUAAAAUGUACUGCUUUUACUAAAAGGUAAUCAGCUUUCAGUUGUAUUUUAAUCCCUGUUGAAGCACUCCAAGUCUUAGACACUAACAGAAUAAUGCACUGUGAAAAUACGACAAUACGUUUUGCCUGCUUCUGUUCAUAAACAUAGAGGCUUUACACCUGCUAAAGCAGUUCCGUUACUGCAAAUGAAUCUCUUCUGUGACAAUUUGAUAAGAGAAUUUUUAGGUAUUAGGUGAAAGCACUGUUAAAAUACCAGAGUGUCAUCUUGUCCAAAAGCACUUUGUUCUUUUUCCUGGGCUCGCCUUAAUGAUGAUUCUUUUGUUUUAGAUCAGUUUUUUUUUUUUUUUUUUAAAAAGAACAAUGGUUUUAUGAAUCCUGACACUACAAAGUACUUCGAGACAGCAGGCCUUGUUCACUGUGCUUUGCCCCUGAAAAGCCCAACAUUUGGUUUCCUUGUGGGAUUGCGGUGUAGUCACUCCGAGUGUUGCUGCCUUCAUGUUCACACUGUGCUCACAUGUUUCUGUGGCCUCCACCAGUUCAGAGCCUUAAACAUGUCACAGCUGUAUGAACUCUAAAUGAUGCCACUAAAACUGUGAUCUCUAUGUGGGAAGACUCUGUUUGCAUUGUGGAAGAAAUUCACAAUACAAUCUGCCAAAGUGUAAGUGUACAGUGCCUUAGAAUAUAUUCUAACAGUACCCUUUAUUUUAAGUCGAAAGUUUUGUGGAUAAAACAGGCAAAAAUUGCUCACCGGUAUAUUGCUUACAACUGAGAAAUUAUGUGUAUUUAUAAUUGGUACACUCCUAGAAAUACAGUAAAUGUUUUUGAGAUGCAGUACAUUUGUUAAUUUUAAACUCAGAAACCAUUACAAAACUACAGAUAUUACAAUUUCUAUUUUUCUCUAACUCUGUACUGUAAUAUAUUCCUAAAAUAUCAGCCUUUUUUCUAAGAGUGUACUAUAAACACAGACUGACUGCCUUUCCUGUUGUAACAGACCAAAAAGAGAGAGAUGCAGUCGAUUCUUUGUUAUGUCCUGCAUGGUAGCAAGGAAGUGCCUUUGGAUUGAAACAUUUCCAGCUUCUAAAAGAUCAGACAGAAAUUAAAAAUUAAGACAUUGCUAGACCAAAAAACCUGAGACAUAAGUGAAACCAAUCACCACAUUGCCUUUUUUAAGGAUUGUAAUGACAGCAGUGGAGAGCUGGUUACCGGUUUAAAAAAGAAGAAAUUAUAUAUUCAUUUUAUUAUAUGUUAUAAAUUAAUUUGAGGUCAAAGGCCAACAGACCUGCUGAUCACCACUGACUGAACGCAGGCGUCGACUCAUGCUCACCGCAGCUUUCUGCUUCAUGCACACUUGCAGGUUCAAGUGUUUUGUUUUGUUUUUUUGAGAGAGAGAAUUUCAGAAACAUUAAGGUUUCCUCUGUCUCGUGAUUAUAUACUUACAGGAUGUGAAAACCGAUUUUCAGAGUUAACUUUAAUAUCACAGUCCCCGCUGUGAUGUAGGAGAGGCAGACACAUUGUGAAUCAUUUAUUAUCUCAACUGAUAGUAAAAGUGUAUUUAAUAGUAGGUAAUAAAUCAGUUUCAGAGCCCAGAUUCUCACAUACAGAACCAAUCGAAUCUAUUAAAAAAAAUGAUCAAAUAUUCAGAGCCAUAUCAGAAACUACUUCAAAAAUCAGGUCCGACGUGGGUGGAAGAUGUUUGUCUCAUAAACUGAUCCCAUUUUCAAAACUACUAGUGUGGACGAGGCCGUAGAGGUUAAUACUGUCACCUUAAGAAUCAUAGUUACUCAAACACAUUUACUUUUUCUUACAAAAGUUAUACUCAUCUUAAAGUAUUUUACUCAAAGAAGCUCUAAAUAAUUGCAGACAAUGUCUCUGGUGGAUGCAGUAAAGUUCAGUCGUUCAGUAUUUUGCCACAGUCCUGUGGACACUGUGGAGUUUUACUAGGCUUUUCUUAUGUUUACCCUGUGUAUCUGUUCACAUUUAUUGAUUACUUAGUGAGAUGUUUUCUUCUUGUACUUGUAUACAGUUGUACUUGGUUUUGUGAUGACAUUGUCUGUAUAUUGCAAGCCCAAUAGGAUGGUAAUGAUGUUACUGCUGCACUGCUGGUACAUUCUGACAUGCCAUUUCAACACUAAAACAGCAGGACUGAUGCCUACGAUGGCACGAAUGUCUGGACCAUUUAAAUAAAAAAUAUUUUAAAAAAAGAGAGAGAGAAAAAGGUAGAAAUAAAAAAUAAAUCUGCGAAAUUGAGGAAUCAUGAUGGAAACAUAUCAGCAGUUGAGCUCUUGUUAUUUGUAAUUUUGUCGAAGAGUAGGUACUGGUACCUUUUUGUUUUAUUACCAUUUUCAGAUGGUGGCUUUAAAGUGAUUUUUCACGUAGCUCAUACAGUUGUCAUACACACUUGGGUUUUGUGUGCAGACUUUUUUGUAAAAAGGUGCUUUGUACAAAAUUAUAUCUUGGCUUUUCUUGGUACAGAUGUGUGAUAUCUUUUCAUAUCCAUGACAGUAAAACGUUGGAGCAAGAGAGAGAAAAGAAACUCUGCUACGUCUUUGUGUUUUGCAUAUGGUCUUGUCUUUGCUCCGUAACAUUAUGAUGCCUUCUUGAUAAUGGUAGAUAUUUUGUAGCUUUCUAGAUACUUUGUAUGUAUGCAAUAUUGAAGUUAAAUAAAUCUGGAAAACACA